AUGGCCACAACCACACAAGGACCCGGCAGCGAGCUCUCGCCCAACUUUGCGCCCUUCUUUGGAAUGGCAGGCAUUGCAUCUGCGGUAUAUGAUCUUUGGAUGUACGGACCUGCAACGCCGACACCCCGUGCUGCAAUGCUAAGAGAUGAAACAGGCAUAGGCGCCGCAUAUGGCACUGCGAAAUCAGGAAUCGGCAUCGCCGGUGUGGGAACGUACCGUCCAGAUUUGAUCAUGAAGUCCCUGAUCCCCGUCGUCAUGUCGGGUAUCAUCGCCGUCUACGCCCUGGUUAUCGCCGUCCUCAUUGCUGGAGACAUGGGUCCGCCGCCACAGCAGAAUUACAGCUUGUUCACAGGGUUCAUGCACCUCGCCUCCGGCCUCAGUGUUGGUCUCGCAGGUCUGGCCGCCGGAUACGCCAUCGGUAUUGUCGGAGAUAUGGGUGUGAGGUGCUACAUGCAGCAGAGUAGGAUCUUCGUCGGCAUGGUGCUUAUUCUCAUUUUCGGAGAAGUCCUGGGGCUGUAUGGGCUGAUUGUAGGCUUGAUCUUGCACUCGAAGAGUUGA